AUGCUCGACAGUGAGAGCAAGUGCUACUUCUAUCUGCACCACGCCAGCAGCGUCACGACAUGGCUUCGACCAUCGCUUUGGCAAGCGUGGAAAGAAUUCUGUGAGGACGGGUCGAUCAAGAUUUUCUACUACCACCCGCUCCAACACGUGAUGUCCUGGACGCUGCCAGCAGGCCACACCUACCUCGGCCAGGCUCAGCCGGGAGCGGAAGCAGCUGGACCAGCCAGCAGUGAGAAGGAGAAAAACAGGCUGGAGGCCGAAGCAAAGGAACGACUGCGCAAGGCGGAAGAAGAUAGGCAGAAACGCGAGCAGGAGGCUCAGGUUCAGGCACGAAAGCGCAAGGAGGCGGAAGCUCAGGAACAACAGCGCAAGGAGGCGGAAGUUCGGGAACGAAAGCGCAAGGAGGAGGAACAUCUGCAGAAACAGAAGGAAAAGGACGAAGCAGAGCAACAAAAGCGCAAGAAUGCGUCUGAUGAGCAGAAAAAGAAUGAGGAGAAAACGCGGAAGGAGUCACAAGCCAAGGCGGCAGCUCUCAGAGAGAAGUUCCAGAAGAAGAAGCAGCAGCAGGAGGCAGGCCGGAAGAAGGAUGCCAAUGCCGGCCAGAAGCUAAAGGAGGAGGAGGAGGCCGAGAAGAAGGAGCCAGUGGAGCCUGCCAAGGCAGGCCAGAAGCUAAAGGAGGAGGAGGAGGCCGAGAAGAAGGAGCCAGUGGCGCCUGCCAAGGCAGGCCAGAAGAGGAAGCCUGAGUUCAUAUCGGAGCUGCAAGAUGUGGCCAGGACUUCCAAAGCUGCAAGGAAGGAGCCGGAGGAGGAAACAGCAACGACGGAGAAGGAGAAAGCAAGCAAGGAUGAUGAACAAGCAAGGAAGGAUGCAGAGAAAGCAAGGAAGGAUGAGGAAAAAGCAAAGAAGGAGGCUGAGAACAAGGCGAAGAAGGAGGCGGAGAAAGCAAAGAAGUAUGAAGAACAAAAACAAAAGGAUGCGGAGAAAGCAAAGAGGGAGGAGGACAGAGCAAAGAAGGAGGCUAAGAACAAGGCGAAGAAGGAUGCCGAUAAAGCAAAGAAGCUGGAGGAAAACGCAAAGAAGGAGGAGGACAGAGCAAAGAAGGAGGCUGAGAAAGCAAAGAAGGAGGCGGACAGAGCAAAGAAGGAGGCGGACAGAGCAAAGAAGGAGGCUGAGGACAAGGCAAAGAAGGAUGCCGAUGGAGCAAAGAAGGAGGCGGAAAACUCAAAGAAGGAGGAGGACAGAGCAAAGAAGGAUGCCGAUCGAGCAAAGAAGGAGGCGGAAAACUCAAAGAAGGAGGCGGACAGAGCAAAGAAGGAGGCUGAGGACAAGGCAAAGAAGGAUGCCGAUCGAGCAAAGAAGGAGGCGGAAAACUCAAAGAAGGAGGAGGACAGAGCAAAGAAGGACGCCGAUCGAGCAAAGAAGGAGGCGGAAAACUCAAAGAAGGAGGAGGACAGAGCAAAGAAGGAGGCUGAGGACAAGGCAAAGAAGGAUGCCGAUCGAGCAAAGAAGGAGGAGGAAAACGCAAAGAAGAGGGCAAAGACGGAGGCCGACGAAGCAAAGAAGGAGGAGGAAAACGCAAAGAAGGAUGAAGAAAAAACAAAAAAGGAUGCAGAGGAACCAAAUGAGGAGGAGGACAGAGCAAAGAAGGCAAAGAUGGAGGCCGACGAAGCAAAGAAGGAGGAGGAAAACGCAAAGAAGAGGGCAAAGACGGAGGCCGACGAAGCAAAGAAGGAGGAGGAAAACGCAAAGAAGGAUGAAGAAAAAAAAAAAGAUGCAGAGGAACCAAAUGAGGAGGAGGACAGAGCAAAGAAGGCAAAGACAGAGGCCGACGAAGCAAAGAAGGAGGAGGAACACGCAAAGAAUGACGAGAAGAAACGAGAUGCGGAUGUUGGACAAGAUGAGUCGGAGCCAAGCAAUCAGAAGAAGGCCAAGCAGGAUCAGCCGCCGGGUGAUGCUUAG